AGCGCGCCGGGCUGGGGCCGGGGCCGGAGCGCAGCGGAGAGGGAGCUGCCCGCCCCAGCCCGAGUCCCGCCGCCGUCCCCCCUCCCGCGGCGCGGGCCAGCGGCCGCCGCCCCAGCCAUGGAGCAGGACCACAGCCCCCGGAAGAUCCAGUUCACGGUCCCGCUGCUGGAGCCGCACCUGGAUCCCGAGGCGGCGGAGCAGAUUCGGAGGCGCCGCCCCACCCCAGCCACCCUUGUGCUGACCAGUGACCAGUCAUCCCCAGAGGUAGAUGAAGACCGGAUCCCCAACCCACUUCUCAAGUCCACUUUGUCAAUGUCUCCACGACAACGAAAGAAGACGACAAGGACCACACCCACAAUGAAAGAGCUCCAGACGAUGGUUGAACAUCACCUGGGGCAACAGAAGCAAGGAGACGAGCCUGAGGGAGCCGCUGAGAGCACAGGGACCCAGGAGACCCGCCCACCUGGGAUCACAGACACAGGAGCAGAGCCACGCCUGGGCACCUCUGGGACAGCACAAAAGCCUGCAGAACCCAUCCCUAAAACUCAGGAGCGUUGCAGUGAGAAACCCAGCACCCAUAUACCACCAUUGGAUUCCCAGGGAGCCAACUCGCAGGUCUGAGAGGAGGAGGCAUCCUGGACCCACAACUGCAGUUUGACAAUGCAUGGACACUGGAUCUGUUUCUUAUUUCUUCACUUUUGGGAAAAAUCUCUUGUUUUUAAAAAGUGAUAAAUUUGGUGUUAGGUCCUUG